UGAGCUGCUUUGAAACUGUCCUUACGAAGGGCUCUGCCGGCCCCACCGUGAACAGGCCUCAAUGACUGGUGGCUGCAGACAGGUGGUUCAGAGGAAUGAGUCUCCCGGUUCGGAGUCCGUGAGUCUUUCAGAGAGAGAAAAGAUGCAGGACGAGUCGUCUCCUGCUCAGGAGCCAGAGCCAGACCUGGGUUCCCAGGAAACCCCAAUGACACAGAACGGAACAAUUUGGCUGCCCAUCCCCCCCCAGGCUGGAGAAAGCAGCACAAUCUGCCCUACAGGUUUGCUGUCUGGGUUGAAACCAAGGGCACAUCGCUGGGCAGUUCGGAGCCUGGUUCUCAGUCUUGUACUGGUCAUCCUCAUCCUCCUCAUCGCCCUCAUCGCCGUGUCAGCAAAGAAACCUGAGCCGUGUCCAGCUGGUGCUGCCUGUCCAGUGGCUGCCUGCCCAGACAGCUGGAUCGGGCACCUGGGGAAGUGUUACUAUUUCUCACAGGCUGAAGGGAACUGGACCCACAGCCAGAGCAACUGCUCUGUCCUCGGUGCCUCCCUGGCAGUGAUUGACACCCAGCAGGAAAUGGAUUUCCUGAUGCGCUAUAAAGGACCCUCUGACCACUGGAUUGGCCUCCAGAGGGAACUGGACAAGCCCUGGGUGUGGACCAAUGGCACCGAAUUCAAGAACUGGUUUAUAAUAGCGGGAGAAGGACCAUGUGCUUUUCUGAAUCACAAGGAUCUUGCCAGUUCAGGCUGCUCCAGGGAGGGACACUGGAUCUGCAGCAAACCAGCGGAGAAACCAGCAGGCAGAGCACAGUGACUGACCCUGGAUGACUCGGGCCUUGUCCUUCCAGUGGGGCUGGCCCAAGCUGCCUCAGCGCGUGGGGGACUGGACGGGGCUGGCGAAGGGGGACAGCCCAGCAGCAAGGAAGAGAGACGCUCGCUGAAGGACAUCAGGUAGCUCCUCCCCUUGGAGCCUCUGGCCCCCAUUGGCCCAUUGGGGACUGGGGUGAGGGUGCGGAUUGGCCAGCAGCCCCCAGCUCACUCUCUGGCACAGAGACAGGAACCUUCUGACUUGGAAAUCAGCAGGGGAGCAGCCAAGCUGCUGUGUCCCUCCUGUCAGGGGCCCAGCGCAGGAGCCUGGCCCGGGCUGUGGCUAGAGGCCAUCGUACCAGCUGGGGCCAUCGGGAGGUGCUGUGAACCCUGCAGCCUGGGGCAAGGACGCAUGAACUCUGCGGUACAGUGAGAAGGGCUGUUGUGCAGGCCCUGCUGAGCGCUGUGGGAUCGUGAAGAGACGCCAUGGACAGGAGCAGAUUGCUGGGACGUGCUAGGACGAAGGGAAGAACGGGUCUGUAACGAGCCCACUGGAAUGUGGGUGAGAUCAAAGAGCCGGGCUGGUCUCAAGCUGGCCAGGCGCAAUCCCCAGGAACAAUUCCUGAUCGGACAAACUGCGAACAGUGACACACGCGCCCUAACCCCUGAGCUAAACAUCAGGAAGAUGCAAAGAUUAUUUGUAUCACAUCAGCAGUCAGAAGCCCCAGCUGAGAUCAGGGCCCCAUUGUGCUGGGUGCUGCACAGACACACAGGGAGAGACAGGCCCUGCCCCAGCUGAGAUCAGGGCCCCGUUGUGUUGGGUGCUGCCCAGACACACAGGG